CCUCCCCAGCUCCUUCUCCAUCCCCAGGUCCAAGAUGGCGGCGGCGGCGGCGGCUCCUCCGGCCCCAUCCCCGCCGCCCCCUGCCCCGGCGGGCCCGCGCUGCCCGGGCUCCUGGCCCAACUUCGCCGUUGUCUGCUCCUUCCUCGAGCGCUACGGGGCCCUGCUGGACCUGCCCGAGCUGCCCUUUCCCGAGCUGGAGCGCGUACUGCAGCCGCCGCAGGAGCCCGGAGACCAGGUGCCAAAAGAAUUGGUGGAGCUUCACUUGAAACUGAUGAGAAAGAUUGGGAAGUCUGUCACAGCAGACAGAUGGGAAAAAUACUUGAUCAAGAUAUGUCAAGAAUUCAACAGCACUUGGGCUUGGGAGAUGGAAAAAAAAGGAUACCUAGAAAUGAGUGUUGAAUGCAAACUGGGGAUUCUGAAGUAUCUCUGCGAAUGUCAGUUUGAUGACAAUCUAAAGUUUAAGAAUAUCAUUAACGAGGAGGAUGCUGACGCCAUGCGUCUGCAGCCCAUUGGUCGGGACAAGGACGGCCUCAUGUACUGGUAUCAGCUGGAUCAAGAGCAUAAUGUCAGGAUGUACAUAGAAGAACAGGAUGACCAGGAUGGAUCCACGUGGAAGUGCAUUGUUAGAAACCGCAAUGAGCUUGCCGAGACCCUUGAGCUCUUGAAAGCACAAAUUGAUCCUGCUCUGUUGAAAAACAACAAUUCUCAGCAGGAGAAUUCAUCACGUGAAAGUCCAAGCAUAGAAGAUGAAGACACCAAAAAGGGUGAAGAAGCAGCUCCACAAGAAAAUCAAUUGAAAAUCAAAGAAGAAAAAGAGGAGGUAGAGGAACAGUCAGUGGAAUCAGAAAGCCUUCCUCCUCCUGUGGUCAAAGAAGAUGAAAAUGCGCUUAAAAUUGAGAAAGUGGAAGAAAAAGAAAUUAUAAAAUUGCCAGUAAUAGUGAAAUUAGAAAAACCUUUAGAGCACAAUGAGGAAAAGCAAACUGUCAAGGAAGAAAGUGAUUCCUUUAAGGAAAAUGUCAAGCCUGUUAAAGUAGAGGUGAAGGAAAACAAAACAGAACCUAAAGACCUAAAAGAAGUAAAAAGCUGUAUGGACAAAAUAGCAGUUCAUGAGGCAGAGAGGUUAGAAUUUUGUGUUAAUGUCAAAACUCCACAAGAAAUUGUGGAGAAAUCUGUGGAAGAAAGUGAAAAACUUAAAAAUGACCAACAGGCAAAAAUACCACUUAAAAAGCGAGAGAUCAAACUGACAGAUGACUAUGACAGUCCAAUAAAAGGGCCCCUGUGUAAGUGUGUUACUCCAACAAAGGAUGUCUUGAAGGAAGAAGGGAAACCAGAAGAAGAAGCUUUCAAGAGAGUCCCUACCAUCACUGCUCUAUGUCCUGAUGGGAAAGUGCUAGUAAAUGGAGAGGUUAGCUGUGAAAAAAUAACCCCGAGCGUCAUACAAAAUAAUAAGUCAGAACACUCUGCUAUUACUAUGGAAGACAGCACCUCAUUAAAAGAGAAAAAUGGGAAAAGUGCAGAAAAAGUAUCAGACUCCAUAAAUUCUGUUAGUAAAAUUAUAAAAGCAUGUGAGAUUGAAAAAAAUGCAGUAACUGUGCUGAAAGAGAUUGGGGAUGUGGUCUCUGAGGUUUCUAAUCAGAAAGUGCCUUCAAAGGAGGAAUCUAGUCCUGUGGAAAAAGAGUCUCUUGACAGCACAACUACUGAGAUGAUAGCAGAAGAGUCUUCAAACUCUGAAGUCUGUGCCAAAACAACUGAAGAGGAACAAGCCACUGAUCUCAAAAAUGACAGCCUGCCACCACCCAAAGAAUGUUCAGAGAAGGUAGAGAUGUCUCCAAAUGCAUCUGCUCCUGCAGAACUGCCUACACUUGCACUGGCUGGUGAAGAGACUUUGAAAAGUAAAGAUGAGCCUGAGGAGAAAAACGACUCUCCAAAAGUUGCUGAGAUACCUCCUGCAUCUACUUCACCUGUUACAGUAGAGAAACCUGUUUCAGAAAAGGAGGACCCCGAUAGUAAAUUGGCUCUACCUGAGGAGAGCAAAGUAGAAGAAAAAUGCAGCCCUGAAAAACAAGAGGAAGAGCCAGAAGCUGCCAAAACAGAGCCAGAUAGAUUAGAUGAUGCUCAUGCAUCUAAUCUAGAGGACUCCUCAGAGAGCAGAAAGGAAUCUCCAGUACCUAAAAGCAAAUUUAAGUAUAAGCUAGUUUCUGAAGAAGAAACCUGUGCAAUAGAGAAUAAAGAAAUAACUUCUGAAAGACAGAAAGAAGGAAUUAAAUUAACAAUCAGGAUCUCUAGUCGGAAGAGAAAGACAGAAACACCGCCAGAAGAGGUCAGCAUUGGCCGCACGUUAAGGCGGUCACCAAGAAUAUCCAAGCCUACUCCGAAAGUUGUGGAGACUCGGGAUCAGAAGCCUGAGAAGAAGCGACCUGAAGAGGAAGAGGAGAAACCUGCAGCAGCACAAAAACCAGAACGAAAAGAAGAUGCAAAAAAGCAAGAGAAGGAGACAAAUUCUAAAGUUAACAAGAGAAGCAAAGUUCGGUGGACGGGUACGCGGACACGUGGCAGGUGGAAAUACUCAAGUAAUGAAGAGACUGAGGACUCUGAGAGUGAAAAAAACUCCGAAGAGGAGGAAGAAGAGGAGGAAGAGGAGGAGGAAGAAGCUCCACCUGCUGAUGAUGAUGAGCCCUGCAAGAAGUGUGGCCUUCCCAAUCAUCCUGAGCUGAUUUUGUUGUGUGACUCUUGUGACAGUGGCUACCACACAGCCUGCCUUCGCCCUCCGCUGAUGAUCAUCCCUGAUGGAGAGUGGUUCUGCCCGCCUUGCCAGCAUAAAUUACUCUGUGAGAAAUUAGAGGAACAAUUACAAGAUCUGGAUGUUGUCUUAAAAAAGAAGGAGCGUGCAGAACGCAGAAAGGAGCGAUUGGUGUAUGUGGGUAUCAGUAUUGAGAACAUCAUUCCACCUCAGGAGCCGGAAAUACCUGAAGGUCAGGAGGAAAAGAAGAAAGAUUCCAAAAAGCCCAAAUCGAAACUUGAAAGGAGAUCUACCAGAACCCGAAAGUGCAUAAGCUACAGGUUUGAUGAAUUUGAUGAGGCAAUUGAUGAGGCAAUUGAAGAUGAUAUCAAGGAGGCUGAUGGAGGAGGCAUUGGCAGAGGCAAAGACAUGUCAAAUAUCACAGGUCACCGUGGAAAAGACAUUUCCACAAUCCUAGAGGAAGAAAGGAAGGAAAACAAGCGACCACAAAGGGCUGCUGCAGCACGACGCAAGAAACGACGGCGACUAAAUGACUUGGAUAGUGACAGUAACAUGGAUGAAGAAGAGAGUGAGGAUGAAUUCAAGAUAAGUGAUGGAUCUCAGGAUGAAUUUGUUAUAUCAGAGGAAAAUCUGGAUGAAAGUGAAGAUGACCCACCAUCAAACGAGGACAGCGACUCCGAGUUCUGCGCCCGCAUAUCCAGGCGACACCUCUCCAGGCCCAUGAGGCAAAGCAGGAGGUUACGAAGGAAAACAGUCAAGAAAAAAUACUCUGAAGAUGAUGAAGAUGAGGAGUCUGAAGACAAUUCAAGCAGAGAGUCUGAGAGUGGUGACUACACGGAUUACAGUGAUGAUGAUUACCUGGAAACUAGGAGGAGAAGAUCAAGACGGAAUCAGAAGAGACAAGUCAAUUAUAAGGAAGAUUCAGAAAGUGACGGCUCACAGAAGAGUGUCCGAUACGGGAAGGAGUUGAGAAGAGUUCAUAAACGCAGGCUCUCCACUUCAGAUAGUGAAGAGAGCUACACAUCUAAGAACUCUGAAGAUGAUGAAUCCACAAAGGAAUCAAAGCGAUUGAUUCGAAAACGUCGGCGAAGUACAGACGACUAUUCUGAGGAAGAAGGAGAGGAUGAGGAGGAAGAAGGGAAGCCUGUCCGCAAACGCCUGAAUCGCAUCGAGACCGACGAGGAAGAUGCGUGCGAAAACGCAAACAACGAUGCAGAAACCCCCGCUCCUGCAGAGAAGCUGCCAGCAGCACAAGCCCCCCAGGACAACCCCAAGAAGCACUGCUACCGGAUAGAGAGCGACGACGAAGAUGACUUUGAUAAUGUAGGGAAAGUAGAGAGCCCUUUGGACUACAGCCUGGUGGACUUGCCUUCCACCAAUGGACAGAGCCCAGGGAAAACCAUUGAGAACUUGAUUGGCAAGCCAGGCGAGAAGACCCAGGCUCCCAAGGACAGCACAGCCAGCGCCAGCCUGGCGCCCAACGGGACAGGGAGCGGGCAGGAAGCGGUAGGGCCGGAGGAAGAUGAAGAUGAACUUUUGAGAGUGACUGACCUUGUUGAUUACGUCUGUAACAGUGAACAGUUAUAAGACUUCCAUUUUUGUGCUAAUUUAUUCCACGGUAGCUCAUACCAGCGGGCCAGUUAUUAAAAGCUGUUUUAUUUUUCCUAGAAAAUUCUCCACUACAGUAUCACUUUCUAGAAGCAAGAAUUUCACCAGUCCUGCAGUCUUUCUGUGAAGUGACCAGUUUUGAACUUUGAAGAUUAAUUGCUGUAAAUUCCCUCUCUUACUCCCCCUCCUCCUUCCAAGUCCAUGGUCCUGGGUAAUUUCACUCACAAAAACCUUAUAACAACAAGAGAUUUGUAUAUUUUUGACUUUAUAUUUCCUGAGUGCAUACAAAUUUGUGGAAAUGGGUGGCCUAAGAAAGCAUUCCAAAUCAGUCAGGGCCCAAACCGGAACUGGGGUGGGUUUGG